AGAGAAGGGAGGGACCUAAGGAGAGAGCGGAGAGGGCUCCCAACCCAGUUCGCCUACUAAGCAGAAGAAAGAUCAAAAAACGGGGAAGAGGAGAAGAGCAAACAGGCACUUUCAAGAACAAUCCCCUCUUCUCCAAGCCGAGAGAGCUCUGGGAAUCCAAAUUCAGUGCCUACCGAAGACAAAGGCGCCCGGAGGGAGCGGCGGCACGACCCCAGGGCGUGGGCCCAGCCGCGGAGCCUGCACGGCCCGGCUGCCCCGACGUCUCGGACCAUGUCUCCCGCCCCUCGACCCUCCUGCAGCCUCCUGCUCCCCUUGCUCACACUCGGCACCGCGCUCGCCUCCCUCGGCUCGGCCCAAAGCAGCAGCUUCAGCCCCGAAGCCUGGCUGCAGCAGUAUGGCUACCUGCCUCCUGGGGACCUACGUACCCACACACAGCGCUCACCCCAGACAGUCUCAGCUGCCUUUGCUGCCAUGCAGAAGUUCUAUGGGUUGCAAGUGACAGGCAAGGCUGAUGCAGAUACCAUGAAGGCCAUGAGGCGCCCCCGCUGUGGUGUUCCAGACAAGUUUGGGGCUGAGAUCAAGGCCAAUGUUCGAAGGAAGCGCUACGCCAUCCAGGGCCUCAAAUGGCAGCAUAAUGAGAUCACUUUCUGCAUCCAGAAUUACACCCCUAAGGUGGGUGAGUAUGCCACAUUCGAAGCCAUUCGCAAGGCAUUCCGUGUUUGGGAGAGUGCCACACCACUACGCUUUCGAGAAGUACCAUAUGCCUACAUCCGGGAAGGCCACGAGAAGCAGGCUGACAUCAUGAUCUUGUUUGCCGAGGGUUUCCAUGGUGACAGCACACCCUUUGAUGGUGAGGGCGGCUUCCUAGCCCAUGCCUACUUCCCGGGCCCCAACAUUGGAGGAGACACCCACUUUGAUUCUGCUGAGCCCUGGACUGUGCGGAAUGAGGAUCUAAAUGGGAACGAUGUCUUCUUGGUGGCUGUGCACGAACUGGGCCAUGCCCUAGGCCUCGAGCAUUCCAAUGACCCCUCGGCCAUCAUGGCACCUUUUUACCAAUGGAUGGACACAGAGAACUUUGUGCUGCCUGAUGAUGAUCGCCGGGGCAUCCAGCAACUUUAUGGGAGUGAGUCAGGGUCACCCACCAAGAUGCCCCCUCAACCUAGAUCUACCUCCCGGCCCUCUGUCCCUGAUAAGCCCAAAAACCCAAACUAUGGGCCCAACAUCUGUGAUGGGAACUUUGACACUGUGGCCAUGCUCCGAGGGGAGAUGUUUGUCUUCAAGGAGCGCUGGUUCUGGCGGGUGAGGAAUAACCAAGUAAUGGAUGGAUACCCAAUGCCCAUUGGCCAAUUCUGGAGGGGCCUGCCUGCAUCAAUUAACACUGCCUAUGAGAGGAAAGAUGGGAAAUUUGUCUUCUUCAAAGGAGACAAACAUUGGGUAUUUGAUGAGGCUUCCCUGGAACCUGGCUACCCCAAACACAUUAAGGAGUUGGGCCGAGGACUGCCUACUGACAGAAUCGAUGCUGCUCUAUUCUGGAUGCCCAAUGGAAAGACCUACUUCUUCAGGGGAAACAAGUACUACCGUUUCAAUGAGGAGUUCAGGGCAGUGGACAGCGAGUAUCCCAAAAAUAUCAAAGUCUGGGAAGGAAUCCCUGAGUCUCCCAGAGGGUCAUUCAUGGGCAGUGAUGAAGUCUUCACUUACUUCUACAAAGGGAACAAAUACUGGAAAUUCAACAACCAGAAGCUGAAGGUAGAGCCAGGCUAUCCCAAGUCGGCCCUACGGGACUGGAUGGGCUGCCCAUCAGGGGGCAGCCGACCUGACGAGGGGACUGAGGAAGAGACAGAGGUGAUCAUCAUCGAGGUGGACGAGGAGGGCAGCGGGGCUGUGAGCGCAGCUGCCGUAGUGCUGCCUGUGCUGCUGCUGCUCCUGGUGCUGGCAGUGGGCCUCGCCGUCUUCUUCUUCAGACGCCAUGGGACUCCCAAGCGACUGCUUUACUGCCAGCGCUCCCUGCUGGACAAGGUCUGACCCCCACCGCCGGCCCACCCACUCCUACCACAAGAACUUCGCCUCUGAUGGCCAGUGGCAGCAGGUGGUGGUGGGUGGGCUGCUCCCACCCGUCCUGAGCCCCCUUCCUCCAGCCUCCCUUCUCUCUGUCCCUGACUGGCCUCUCCCACCCUCACCCCUGGCAUUGCUUCUUCCCCAGAUGGGGGCCCCUGAGGCCUGAGCAGGAGGGUGGUCCCUUCUAGCCUCUGAUCCUCAGGGGAACCCUGUAGCUUGGUGUGUGUUCGGCCCCUUAUGAAUGUCAUGGGGGCUCUGCACUUGAAGGCAGGACCCUCAGUCCUCACUGGCAAAGGUCAGAUGAGGUCAUCUGCUCCUUUUCCAUCCCCUGACAUACCUUAAACCUCUGAACUCUGACCUCAGGAGGCUCUGGGCACUCCAGCCCCACAAGCCCCAGGUGUACCCAUUUGGCAGCCUCCCACCACUCUUUGGCUAAAAAGGAAUCUAAUCGUGUUGUGGGGCAGAGGCCCUGAGAAAGUGUGAGAGGGUGGGGAUUGCUCUGCCACCUAAGACCUCAGGAGGAGAACUCAGAGAGGGUCUUAGUGGCUUGGUCAGUUGAGUUCCUCCCCACAAAGAUCUGCCUCUGCCCCACUUACCCCGGAGAAUUUCCAAAGAAAUAGCCUGAGCCAUUAAGGACUAAACUGGGGCUGAAGAAACCCUUGGCAGCCCUAACCCCUCUUGAAUGUUAGCCUUGAAUGGGGAUUUCAAGGUUGGAAGAGCUGAAACCAGGAGGUAAAGCCCAAGUUGGAAUGGGGCCAAGGGGAGACACCCAGGGCUCCAGACCUGAAGAUCCUGAAGGCCACAGAAGAACCUUGUUCAAAUACAGGCAGCUGGGGCUGGGACCCAAGGGCCAGAGUCAGAGGGGACAGGAAAUGAAGAGUGGCAGCAGUAGAGGUUGGGGGCUGGGUGGCCACAGGGGCACCACAAGUUGGGUGGUGGUACCCAGGGGAAGGCACAUUUUAUUGGAGCUCUCAGGAAAGUCCUGAGGAAGGCACACUGGCUCCUCUUUGUCCCCUUCCUCUGGGCAAGAAGCCCAGAGAAAGGAACAAAAAGGGCACUGGGGACUUGGAGGACUUAUGGAGAGAGGCCACCUGUUUGUGGGACCAGAGGAGGUUCCCUGAGGCCUGGCAACACUCAGUCUGCCUUUCACCUCAGUGAAGAGCAGGUGCCUGGGUGCUGCUCAGUGGGGUUAGCCCCUCACCUCCCUGACACCCGCACUCCUCGGCCCAUAUUAUCGGUGUCCAGUCCUCCUUCUCAUACCCAGCCCACCCAUUUUAAGUCUCCUUCAGCCACUGAAGGUAGUCAUGGUACUGGGGACUUGGGAGAGAAACACCCUGUGGAGGGAGCUAGAGGAGAGGGAUGUCAGGGAGGUGAGGGAUGGGGGUAGGGGAAAUGGGGUGAACGGUGCUGGCAGUUCGGCUAAAUUUCUGUCUUGUUUGUUUGUUUUUUUGUUUAAUGUAUAUUUUUAUUAUAAUUAUUAUAUAUGAACUUCAUUCAAAUUGUUCCUUUUUGUUAACA